AUGAAAGAUUCGAAAGCUCCAGGGGAGGAUGGCUAUACCGCGGCAUUCUACAAAAAGAACUGGGAAUUUAUUGGUGAACAGAUUUGGAGAGAUAUCAAGUAUUAUGCAGAAAACCCUUCCAGCAUUGAGGAAGUCAACGGUACUCUGAUCACUUUGAUCCCCAAAGUUCCUAAGCCAAUGUAUGUUUCUCAAUUCAGGCCUAUUUCUUUGUGUAAUGUCAUUUAUAAGGGUAUGAGCAAGAUCAUUGUGGAUAGGCUUAAGCUUACAAUGGAGAAUUUAGUUUCUCCUUACCAAGCUAGCUUCGUGCCAAAUCGUCAGCUUCAGGAUAAUAUUAUAGUAGCAAAGGAGCUGUUUCCUGAUUGGAUGAUUGGUGUUAUAAUGGCUUCUAUAACUUCUAAUCGUUCGAGGGUCUUGAUAAAUGGUGUGGCUUCGGAUUGCAUAGUUCCUCAGAGAGGAAUUUGUCAAGGGGAUCCAAUAUCUCCUUAUAUUUUUGUGUUGUGUGUUGAUAAGCUUUCCCACUUGAUCGCUGAAAAAGUGACUAUGGACUAUGGAGUUAUCAAGGAUAGGAUACGUUCAAAACUGGAUGGUUGGAAAAGCCAUUGCCUUUCUUUUGCUGGUCGAGUUACUUUGGUGAAAUCGGUCAUUGCUGCAAUCCCUUCUUUCCAUAUGCAGAAUGGUCCUUUACCAGUAACGUUUUGUGAUGAAAUUGAGCAGAUACAAAGGGCUUUCAUUUGGGGAGAUCAGGAUAGCAGAAGGCGGGCUCAUUUAGUAGCUUGGGAUCAAAUGUAUAAACCCAAAGAUAGAGGUGGUUUGGGAAUAAUUAACCUUCGACUCCAAAAUGAAGCUUAUAUUCAUAAACUGGCGUGGAAGGUGUUAACUAAGAAAGAUGAUUUAUGGGUUAAGAUUUUAGUAGCCAAGUAUGGUAGAGGUCAAGACUUAAGGAGAGGUAUAAAGGCAAAAUCAUAUGACUCUAAACUUUGGCGUGAUCUUGCUAAAUGUUGGAGUAAUUUCCUUGCUGGUCUUAGAUGGGAAAUAGCAGAUGGUUCUGAAGUAAAGCUUUGGACUUAUAACUGGUUAGGAUGGGAGGAAAAUUUGCAGCAGUUGUCGAGCAAUCAGGUGCCGUGGGAGGAGAGUCAGAAAUCAAUUGCAGAUUAUAUGGUGGAUGAUGGUUUCCGUCUUGAAGUUGUUCAUCAUUUUCUGGAGUCAGAUUUGGCUGAUGCAGUAACAAAUCAUCUCAGGCUUAUUCCAAGGAAUGGGGAGGAUAGAUUAGUUUGGAUCAAUAAUCAUCACUCGACUUCUUUGGUUAAGCUGCCCAACGAGAAACAACAACUUCAAUUUUACUUUGAAUAUGGUUGGGGAGUUGAACUACCCUAA